UUUUAAAAAUAAAAAUAAAAAUAUUUUAUUUUGAUAUUAUCUACUCUGAAUAUAUUUUUACUCUUAUUUAAGAUGAAUUUUUUAAAAUAAAAUCGUCCAAACUUCAUCACAAACCAAAAACAAAAGAAAAAACAGAGGGAGUGGAAAAGUUACGAGCUCUCCGUACAUCGGAGUAGGGACAAAACUAUUUUGAUAAAUACUCUUUCCGGCUAAAAUUAUAUUUUGUUCACUAUUUACACCGUGGUUUGAUAUUCCGAGCACGCGUUUCCUCCUCUCUCCACCUUCUCCCGCCGCCCUUCUGCCAAGAAACCCGUCCGUAUCCCACUCAGCCGGUAAUAAACAAUUUCUGCACGCAACAAUACCGAAAUAACGAUAUUCCGCGAUGCCGGAAGGCGAGCGGCCGAGGCAGAGUAGAGCUUCGACGGGCAGAGAAACGGCCAGAGAAACGCGCGUGUCGUUGAAGUUACUGUUCCGAGUCGCCUCGAUCGCCGGCGGGAUACAAUUCGGGUGGGCUUUACAGCUAUCUCUGCUCACGCCAUACGUCCAGGAGCUCGGAAUCCCUCACGCUUGGGCCAGCAUCAUCUGGCUUUGCGGCCCGCUUUCCGGCCUGUUCGUUCAGCCGCUGGUCGGACUCGUCAGCGACCGAUGCACGAGCCGGUUCGGACGCCGCCGCCCGUUCAUCCUCGGCGGGGCAAUCUCCAUCAUGAUCUCCGUGCUCAUAAUCGGUUUCUCCGCCGAUAUAGGCUGGCUCUUCGGCGAUCGAGGCAAGGUUAAGGUACGCGCCAUCGCCGCCUUCGUGGUAGGGUUUUGGAUUCUCGAUGUUGCCAAUAACGUGACUCAAGGCCCUUGCAGAGCGCUCCUCGCCGAUCUUACCAAGAAGGAUCAUCGAAGGACUCGCGUGGCAAAUGCAUACUUCUCAUUGUUUAUGGCUGCUGGCAACAUACUUGGUUAUGCAACUGGAUCUUUCAGUGGCUGGUAUAAGAUAUUUCCUUUCACCCUAAGUGAUGCUUGCGCCAUCAACUGUGCAAACCUUAAGACUGCUUUCCUUCUUGACAUCAUUUUCAUUGCAAUUGCGACAUUCAUAAGCUUAUCAGCAGUCAAAGAGCAGCCUCUGGAUACCCAUUGUGGCUCUGUUCAAACCGGUGAAGAUAGUGAACAAAUCACCCAUGGCCAGGAAGAAGCUUUUCUCUGGGAACUUUUUGGGACAUUUAAAUACUUUCCUGCUACUGUGUGGGUUAUUCUGCUUGUCACUACUCUGACUUGGAUUGCCUGGUUCCCAUUUACCCUAUUUGAUACUGAUUGGGUGGGCCGUGAAAUAUAUGGGGGUGAGCCAAAUGGAACAAAUUAUAGUAAUGGAGUUAGAAUGGGUACACUGGGUCUAAUGCUGAAUUCUGUGGUGCUGGGAAUAACUUCAGUGUUUAUGGAAAAGCUUUGUGGAAAAUGGGGUGCUGGUUUUGCAUGGGGAGUAUCUAACAUUGUCUUGUCUCUGUGCUUCAUAGCAAUGCUUGUAAUCACUGCCAUCAGAAACCACAUGGAUAUUGGCAGUAAUGAUCCUCCUCCAAAUGGCAUUGUUAUUGCUGUGAUGAUAGUAUUCACUAUUCUUGGUGUGCCUCUAUCUAUAACUUACAGUGUUCCAUAUGCAUUGAUAUCUUCGCACAUUGAGAACUUGGGGCUUGGCCAAGGACUAUCAAUGGGGGUACUAAAUCUGGCAAUUGUUGUACCUCAGAUAUUGGUUUCCGUUGGUAGUGGACCCUGGGAUGAGCUGUUUGGUGGAGGCAAUUCACCUGCCUUUUUUGUGGCAGCACUCUCUGCAUUUGCCGCUGGACUUGUGGCCAUCUUGGCUAUUCCUCGAACCAGAGUCCAUAAGCAGAGGAUUCUUCCUUGAGGUGCUAGUGAAAUUAAAAGGCAAACGUACUCAGUUUCAAAAGGUCUUUACACGUGAGUGUGGCUGCAUAAUCUUCCCCCAAGUCAUUAGGGUGCUGGGCUGGCUUAUGCGAGUGGAGUCGUAUCCCGUUGCUCAAUCAAAGAGCUGAAAGGAUCAUGCGUUUACGGUUGAGGGGCCGACAAGAAUGCCGACAUUUUUCAAAAUGUCACUGGAUCUGAACCAAUAAUCGGACCCGGCCGGCCACUACUACAAUCACCCGGCCCACAUUCAUCACAUGCGUUUGCCCUCGCCCCCUCUUUUUUUUUUCUCUCUUCCUUUUCAACCCAAAAGUACGAGUGUCACUUUUUAGAAGACACACGGACACUCCCUUUACCCCCGUGAUUAACCCCUUGUUUAAAUGAGGUAAAGUAAGAGUGGGAAGAAAAUUAAAGGGUUGGGGGGAUA